UAAAACCACAGAACAAAACAAAAACCAAUACUUUCUUUAUAAAAACAAUUUUAAAUUUUGCAUUGCAUCCUCCAGCGAUAGACUGAAAGAGUUCUAGGAAAACAAAUAAAUAAUUAAGAUUAUUCUCGCCUUUUAUAAUAUUGAUUGCAAUGUUGAGACCUUUUUUUUCAUAUUUUGGCCAAAGAAUUACCGUACAAAAACAAUCAGUAAGAAACAAAGUGAUUCGACCCCCAUCUAUAUUGAAACCACCCGAAAAAAUAAAACUUUAUAAUAAAGAGAACAAGGAACUGUUUGGAGCUUUGCUAGAGACGAAUAAACAACGAAAAAGUCGUUUGCGAAAGGAAGCUAAAAAUAGAUCGCAUCAAAACAACGCUGCCACUACGAACGAAAGUACGCAAAAGUUUGACAUUCCGAGCGAAAAUGUUGUGAAGUACUUUAUUUCAUAUUCAAUUCAAGCGCGGAAUAGUGUUGUUGUCAGUUUAGAAGGUGCAAAAAACAAAAUGUUGCAAAAAACAAGGACUUGUUCAAACUUAGUUGGUGUGCUCUUCAAUUGUGCAUCACUAAGAGGCUUGAAGACACAAGUGGUCUACAAUGCUGCACGUAGUUCCCCAGCAGAACCUGGAUAUGCGAGCGAAGAUAAAAUCCUCCAAAUAAAACAGUAUCAGAAUGAUUUCACACAACAGUUCCCGUCAGUAACUUUGAUUUUAAAUAAGACUAUGACUGAAGAAACUAGAAAAGCUUUAGAAAAGUGGAAGCAUGAAAGAAUAGCUGAAAUGGGUGAAGCAGAAUUCAAUAGGUUUUAUGAAGCACAAUUAGCAGCCGGUACUAAAUUCCACAGUACCCUCAAGAAUUACUUCACACAGCCUCAAACUCAACUGCGCAUAGAAAAGGAGAUAGAGGGAGUUUGGGUGUCUGUAGCAGAAGUAUUGAAGAGGAUAUCCUCACCGAAAGCAAUAGAGUCCAAUGUUGUGCACCCUGUGUUGAAAUAUAGAGGGAUAUUUGACGCCAUUGCUGAUUAUGAAGAGAAACCAACACUCAUCGAAUGGAAGAAAUCCGACAAACCGCGCAAAGCUAUUUCAGCAACGUACGACAACCCCGUCCAACUAGCAGCCUACUUCGGCGCAGUGUGCAACGACCUCAACUACAAACAUCUGAACGUGCGUGAUGCCUUGCUCGUUAUAGCUUAUACGGAUGGCUCGAAAGCGGACGUGUUCCAUCUUUCUACAGACAAACUGAGAGAACAUUGGGCGCAAUGGUUAAUACGAUUAGAGCAGUACGUGAUUAAAUAUGGCAAUGAUUCCGAGAAGAUACUCAAAGGUGGCAAGAGGAUGUUUGAGGAAAAUCUCGGGAAUCUCUAAAAUUAUUCUGAUUCAGAUAAUCAAUCAUCUAUUGAAGCUAUCUCGGGAGAUAAAUCAAGAUACCUCACUGGAGUCUCAUCGGAUUAAGAUAUGAUGUACGGGGUAAUGACAUUAGAGUGUCAUAAAAUUAUUAUAAUGCCCUAUAUGUUGGACAACAUGUACAGGGCAAAUUGGCAUAUAUGUAUUGCGGUGAAUAUGUGGAUGUUGGUAUUCACCUGACAUGUACCUCAUAACAAAUUUGUUAAAAGAAUUUAAAAAAAAAAUUCAAUUAAAUUUUUCAGAAUAAACAAUAUUCUUUAUGAUGUACAUCCAAGCAUAAUCAUAACUACGUAAAAAAUUUAAAUUUUCAGUAUAAAAUCGCUCAGGUGAUUACUUAAUUUUUUUUGCAUCCUCAAUCUCUUAUGAAGUAACUAAACUUAGUUUUUGGCUCUGAUUGAAUGACGCUAUUUUGGCGCUGCGAGUUGGUUAGCCGUUAAACGAGUGUCCAAGGAACUAAAAUUAAAAUGACUAAAACCACUACCUCAUUAGUUUCUCAGACAGUCCUAUGUCACGUGUCGCUUCAUACAGGGACAUAAGCUAAGUUGUCAUAAAUAUAGGGUAGCUAGUAAAGUAUGAUAGAGAUUGAGAGUGCGCUGCUAGUCGCUCAAAAUCUGUCAUCUGCAAUCAAACUCUGUGUGUGACAACAAUUUUUUAUGACUAUAUUAAAAAAAUGUAAACCCACUUCCCAGAUUAGUCUUUUGUUGCGGCCAACAUAAGAGUAUUAGAAUAAUUAUGAAUUGUGUAAAUUUUAAAAUGCUUUGUUAGAAUUGCGUACAACAAUAUGGUGACUUGUUUUUAUUUCACAUGAAUUUAGCGUUAUCAUUUUAAUAGAAACGUUAACUGCGGGACAUAGGUAUUUUGUAGGGAUUUCUGAACUUUACACUAUUUUGCUGCUUGUGUCCCGUGGCUUCGUUUUGCUUCGGAUUGCCAACACUACAAUUUCAUUUUGGGAUUGACACUCACCUUUGGACCCUAACGGCUGAUUUACACAGUGCGUAACGUGGUGUCGGACGUUGUCCUUAUCGGAAUAAUAAUCACCGAACGGAGGAGGGAUGUACACGUCCAACGCAACAGCGCCUAUAAUAGCGCACGCAGCAACGUUCCUGCACCGGACUGCCCGUGUUGACGCGUCAAAGUUCUUAUGGUGGGGUGCCGCAACGCACUUUGUGGAUAGGACGAUAAGUCCAUAUAAGGUAUUUGAAGCUUAUCUUUCGUUUAGCAUCACUGAAAUGCAAGUUCUACGCGGUGCGUUGCCGCGUCGUACGUGAGUGGGAACGAGUCUACGCGUUCUGGCGCCGCAACGCAUUUGUUGGUGCCCGUGAUAACGUUGCUGCGCCUGACUGUCCGUGUCGACGCGUCAAAACUUACGGUGCGGCGCCGCAACGCUGCAUGUAAAUUAUACCCAUAGAAGAUCUUCAGAGACAUUUUUCUUUCGUUUAGCAUCACCGAAAUGCAAUAUUACUCGUAACAUGUGUUGUGUGGACGCAUUUAUUGUUUUAUAUUAUUACAUUAUAUUUAUAUUAUAGUAUAUGAUGUGACGUCAUUAUUAAAAACGGUAAUUGUAAAAUUAUAAUUGUAGUCAAUAAAAUUGCCAAUUAUUUCAACUAAUUGUUGUCAAUUGAUAGAAAGGGACGAUGGGUGUAUGAAAAGACUGCCAAAUGUUAAUAACACAACCAGCACUCGCCGCACUUCAUUGUCAUGGUUCAACUCCCUUCACAUUCGAUGGAUUUCGGGAGAUUGGAUACAAUAACGCGACUAUGGUAUCCCAUUUCUUCAAGUUUCUGUUUUCGCUGUUGAUGUGGAUGACUUUUUGAUGAAUACAAAUAGUGGUAAAUACCACUAUAUAUUAUAUAAAUAUCGUUUAUCAAACAAAAAAAGGUACAUCAUUGAACACUUCUGUUCGGGUGAAAUUUAAACAAUCUUCUUACGUAAAAUAAAACAUGUUCGGAACUCUUUUUUGAUUAGUAAACGAUAUUAAUAUUAAAUAUUAGUAAUAAAAUAAAUAAAUAGGUAUACAAAACAAAGCAACAUUUGCUCCAUCAUCAAUAUCCUAAAACAGCCCACUGCUGGCCUCAUCCAAGGGGUCUAUUUUGCUUUUAUUUUACAGUAUCCAAAUGAUAAGACGCUCCGUUGAAGUUUGCGGCGCGUGUUUUUAUAUGUGCUAUUAGCUAAUGUUAAAUGUUGAUCGGAAUGUUGUUAUAAGAGAUUUAAAAGCUCGAAAUUUCGUUAGUGGUAAUUCGGUAGAACCACCAUAUAAAAUGUGCCAUCGUUUAACAAAAUUGUCUUUAUGGAAAAGUGUGGCAAAUUUUUUGUUGUUUUAUGACUUUAGAAGUAUCUCGUGUUACUACAUAGUAAGAAGAAGUACUGGGAAUUUUGUCGUAUAAAUUUUAAUAAUCAUAUUAACAUACUUGUGUAACAUAUUGAAUUAGAAUCGCGAACAAAAUAGUAGAAAAUUUUAUAGUUUUUUCUAUUAUUGUAACCCUAUUGCUACUGCAGUGCCAUCUACUAUUUUAUAUCACUUUCAAUGAUUUGACAGAUACUUAGAUCGAAUUGUUGUUUUUUUUUAAUGUAACUAUAAUGUAACUUAACAAUGUGUUUACUUAUAUUUAAUUUGUUCCACCUACUUUGUUGUUGCUUGUUCCUACUCGUCUAAAAUAUUAAGUAGCAUAAUAACCUCAUUGUCUAAGUAGUACCUAAACCAUAGUUUAAACCUCAUUGUCUAAGUAGUACCUAAACCAUAGUUUAGUCAUCAAACUUCUACAAUACCAAACUUUCACGAAUUUCUUACUCAGACUAGAUAUUUGGUUAUUGUUUUGCGAGCUUCUCUGCUUAUAUGCCAAAAUUUAUUAACUAGUCAUUUAGUGUUUAUAUAAACGUUACAGAUUAUUAGUCUGCACAUAAUUGUAAAAAAACAAUUCAACACUUAACAAUGUUAAGUGUCAAAUUGCGAACAUGCUCGAUGUUUUAUAAUUUGACAUAGUUAAACGAGACGAAACCAACUCACAUAUGAGACUUUACGGGCCUGCGUCGUCUGAAUAUUUAUGGAAUUUAUGUGUAAGUGGCAAAGGUUUCCCACAUUUAUUUGUAAGAUUAUAUUCAAUAUGAUUAAAAAUAUAAACAAGUGAGUAAACGCAAAAAAACACUAAAAGUACUGUUAAAAAACAAACAUUGUAAUACUGACUGUUUGCUUAGUUAAAAACUUAUGUAAAUAAAUGUAAUUAGACACGCUUUAAAUUAUUUUAUGCAGUUAAAAGUUAUUAAAAUAUAAUAGUGUUACAUAAAUAUUUAAAAAAAAAUACAUAAAAAUUCAAAGUCGAAUUGAGAAACUGCCAUUUUGGGGAGUUUUUUAGGAAUAAACUUUUUAAAUGUUCGUGUACAAACAGGAUCCAAAUCCUUCUCUUGCUGCCUUAAUAAUAAUUAAUGAUUGAUGGUCUGAUUUAAGUUUGUAUCACAACUGAUGUCAUUUAAUAAAGUACCUAUUCUCAAAA